UACAUUGCUAUAUCUGUAGUCCCGACAACUUAUAUAAAACCGAUCUUUCUAUGUUCCAGACAACUGUGGCCGCCAGUGCGAUCAUCUGAACCAAAACGAGCACCGACAACUUUAAUCGCGGUUCUUUAGUAGAAGGCAAGAUCUCGGCCCGUGAACUCGAUUACGUCAACGACAAUGGCGACCAUCAGCAAGACAUUGAUCGCCACAGGAGCCUCGUCCGGUCUCGGCUUUGAACUGGUGAAGCAGCUGCUCCAGCAGAGCCAACCAUACAAGCUCAUCCUUGCCGCCCGCGACACUCAGCAGGCACAAGCGGCCUAUGAUGCUCUGCAGUAUGACAGCAGCACCCACAAGCUGACGAUCUUGCCAGCCGAGCUGUCCAACUUGAAGACUGUCAAAUCUUUCGCCGAGCAAGCUCUCGAGAAGCUGGGCAACGACAGACUCGACUACGUCAUGCUCAAUGCCGGCAUGUUCGAGGCGCCGGGCACCAAGGGCCCCGAAGGAUCCAAGUGGUCCAACUCCUACUUGGUGAAUCAUCUCUCUCAACACUACUUGACUCACCUCCUGCGCCCAAAAAUCGAGCAAUCUCAUUCCCGAGUUGUUGUUGUCUCUUCUGGCGCGGUUCGUGGUGUCAAGGACACAAGUGCCCUUGAAGAAGACAUGCUUAGCGGCGCCGACAAAACCCCCAACGGUCGCUACAGCGCAUCCAAGUUCAUCCAGCUCCUCGGCGCACACUGGUGGAGGCGCCAGCUUGGGGACAACGCUGUCGUGGUCGCUGUGUCGCCCGGUCUGAUCCCCGGCACAGGGAUCAAUCGCAACAACGUCGUCCAGAUGCCCGACAACUUGCCUGACGCCAAGAGUGUUCCCGAGGGAGCUCAGAGCAUUUAUGCGGCAUUCGUCCGUGACGAUUUGCCCAAGGACACAGAGCAGAUAUUCCUGACCAGCUGGGGCGAAUGGUGGGCCAAGGACGUCUACGGCUUGAGCCUGGACAAAGCCUUACAGGACAAGUGGUCGCCUGGCAAAGAAGAAAUCGAGAGGGAGGCCGGAAUCAAUAACUAGAUGACGUUUGUGGCCAUUCCAUCAGCCGAGCACUUUUAGAGUGCGCAUCACGAUUCAAGACAUUGGUGCACCUGGCCACUGUCUAGUGACAUGUAUUGCUUUCAUCGUAAUGUCGCUCCUUUGAAGCAGCACUCUCAGGACAACCUCAGCAAAGAACUACGCUGGGCCCAUCUUUCCUACCUCGAGUGCAGAAUAAUGCGCUCAAUGGACAGUAAAUAUACUUGUGAUGUCUUCGC